CACACCUGCGUGUCCACAGGUUCCCUCCCGUCAUGGCUGCAGGGGACGCUGCUCAGGAACGGACCUGGACUUUUCUCUGUCGGCGGCUCCGAGUACAACCACUGGUUCGACGGCCUGUCGCUCAUCCACAGCUUCACCUUCAGCAACGGUGAAGUAACUUACAGAAGUAAGUUUCUGAAGAGCGACACCUACAAAAGAAACAUCAAGGCCGACAGAAUCGUCGUUUCCGAGUUCGGAACCAUGAUCUAUCCAGAUCCCUGCAAAAACAUCUUCUCCAGGGCGUUCACUCACCUCUGCAACGUCAUGCCCGACUUCACCGACAACAACUUGAUCAACAUCAUCCGUUACGGUCAGGACUACUACGCCUCCUCCGAGGUCAACUACAUGAACCAGAUCGACCCAGUGACUCUGGAAACUGUCGGCAGGAUAAACUACAGAAACCACAUCGCUCUGAACUUGGCGACGGCUCAUCCUCACUACGACGACCAGGGCAACACCUACAACAUGGGCACCGCCAUCAUGGGCCUCGGCCCGCCCACAUACGUCAUCUUCAAAGUCCCCGCUGAUGCUUCAGAUAAAGAGCGAAACAAGCCGGCGUUGAGGAAAGUGCAGAAGAUUUGUUCGAUUCCCUUUCGAUCCACUUUGUCCCCGAGCUACUUCCACAGUUUCGGCAUGACCGAGAACUACAUCAUCUUCGUGGAGCAGCCGCUCAAGCUGGACAUCGUCAGACUGGCCACCGCCUACUUCAGAGGAGUCAACUGGGGGAGCUGCCUCAAAUUCGACAAGGAUGACAUCACACUGUUUCACGUCGUCAACAGAAAGACGGGCAGGGCGGUGAGAACCCGUUUCUAUAGCGACGCCCUGGUGGUCUUCCACCACAUCAACGCCUACGAGGACGACGACCACGUGGUGUUCGACCUGAUCACCUACAAAGACAGCAACCUGUACGACAUGUUCUACAUCCAGAACAUGACACAAGCGGCCAGCAGCUUCAUCCAGUCCAACCAGAGCUUCUCUCCACCGACCUGCCAGAGGUUCGUCCUGCCGCUCAGCGCCCACAAGGAAUCUCCCAGAGGAACAAACCUGGUGACGCUGACGGACACAACGGCCCAGGCGGUGGUGCAGGAGGACGGAUCCGUCUACUGUCGGCCCGACCUUAUCUUCCAAGGGCUGGAGCUGCCAGGAAUCAACUACAGCUACAACACUAGGAAGUACAGAUACUUCUACGGCUCCAGGGUGGAGUUUUCUCCUCAUCCCAACAAGCUCGCCAAGGUCGACAUCGUCACCCGGGAACACGUGGAGUGGACGCAGGACAACUGCUUCCCCUCAGAACCGGUGUUUGUGGCGUCUCCAGGGGCCGUGGAGGAAGACGACGGAGUGAUCCUGUCGUCCGUCAUCUCUCCAGAUCCCAACAUUUCUCCGUUCAUGCUCAUCCUCAACGCCAAGAACUUUGAGGAAGUCGCCCGGGCCUCGAUUCCCGCCAGCAUCCACAUGGACCUUCACGGAUAUUUCAUCUCGGCCGUUUAACCACCAACACGUCGGCUUCGAUCUUAUUUAUUCUCUUAUGUACAUUCUGUAAUAUCUGACUUCUGUGAAAACUAAAUAUUUGAAAAUCAUUCUUGAUUCUUUUUUAAAUUCACGGACUUGAAGCUUUUUCUCUUUUGACUUUUCACAGGAUUUCUUUUCUCCGUUGGUUUUUUUAAAUCACACU